GUCCCUGUAGCUGACUGGCUGCAGCCUCAACAACUUUCUCUGGUGUUGAAAAAAUCUUUCACCUCAGCAACGCGAUUGGGUCCGAGACUUCAGGUGCUAUUUGAAUCAAUGGCGGUAGGCCGGAUUUAAGAGGUCUGGUCCCCGGGAAGUUUGUCAGAAGUAGAAGGUACGCAACACGAAAUUGAGUGAUCUUUGAAUGCUUGACGGUGGACCCUCGUGACAGUGUCCGAGUGCCCCAAGUGAACCUGCAAUGCCCAAGAGAGCGUCACCCUGCACUCCUGAGCCGCCGAAGAAGAAAGCUGUGAAGAAAGCACCCAGGGUAGCUGCCAAUGGACACCGGUUACCAGAUCCACUGCCUGCCGGUGAGGUCCUGACGGACCUCUUCAGAAAGCAGUGGCGCCUCGGCAAAGCGGUGGGCUUGGGCGGAUUUGGGGAGAUCUACCUAGCAUCUGAUGAAGUCUCCAAACCUGUGGAUGCCAAUGCUCCCUAUGUCAUCAAAAUUGAACCUCAUAGCAACGGGCCACUUUUCACCGAGAUCAACUUCUACCUUCGUGUGGGAAAAGCCGAACAGAUUGAGCAGUGGGUCAAGCAGAGGAAGCUGGAUUACCUUGGCAUGCCCCGUUUUCGAGGUUCUGGUUCCCACGAAUUCGGUGGAGUAAAGUACCGGUUCAUGGUCAUGGACAGGUUUGGCGAAGACCUGCAGAAGGUCCUCGAUAGGCAUGGAAAGACACUUCCCUUGAAGACUGCCUUCAGCCUCGGAAUGCGAGUGAUUGAUGUCCUGGAGUAUGUCCACAGCUACGAGUAUAUCCAUGCUGAUGUCAAGGCGUCCAAUCUACUGCUCGGCUUUGGCAAAGGCAAUGAAAACAAGGUGUAUCUGGUAGAUUUCGGUUUGGCCUGUCGGUACACUCAAAACGGCAAACACAAAGAAUACAAAGAAGAUCUCCGGAAGGCCCACGAUGGCACCAUUGAGUUCACGAGUCGGGAUGCCCACAUUGGUGCACACUCGCGGAGGGGAGACAUGGAGAUCCUGGGGUACAACCUGCUGCAGUGGCUCUGUUGCAGACUGCCUUGGGAGGACAACCUCAAGGACCCCGAGUAUGUCAGUCAACAGAAGUGCGGGUUUAUGGAUAACAUCCCUCUGCUAAUGAGCAAGUGCUUCCCACAUGGAGACGUUCCAACUGGCAUCACAGAGUUCCUGCAGUACGUGGCUUCCAUGAAAUUUGAGGACACGCCAGACUACAAGCGGCUAAAGAGGAUCUUGGAGAAGGGCAUCCAGGCGUCGGGUUUCAAGCCUGAUGGCAGACUACUGUUCACACCACCAAGAGCCCCACGGCGCAACUCGUCCUCGCCCAAGGUGUGUUUCUGUGCCUCUAUGGAGCUCAUGGGGAAGUGUCAAUCAAAGAAAGCGGUGCUGCAAGAAAUCAUUCUUGCCGAAGACAGCGCGGACGAGAGCGAAAGCGAAAACAUCGCGGCAAAGCCGCCAGCAGCCAAGGUUGCUCGCAGCCGCGCUGCGCCAGCCCGGAAAAACAACCGUCGGUCACCUGCGGCCACGAAGUCCACCUCGGGGCUCAGCAGCCUUGCCAAGUUUGAUCCAGAGCCAAAAACGGGGAAGAAGAAAGCGGCUUCAUCCCUCUCGGGUAGAACAAGUUCUAAAGACUCUCGGAGGAACGGCUUCUGCGAAGACAGCAACAGCAUGGGCCUGGACAACCCCACUCCAGCCAUGCUGGAGGUGCUCCAGCGUAAGCAGGCUCUGUUGGCGCAACAGCAGGAAGGCCUGCUGCCUUCAGGCGCCAACGGCCGCAAGCGUUCAAGUACCUCACCGCCUGCGAACCACAGCUCAUCACCGUCCUGGGCAGACGGUCCCCUCUCCCCAGUCCAAACUUGUGACCGCGCUGUGCAAGCUGACAACGGCAUUGUGCCACGACAGAAGAAUGACCGGGCGGCCCGAAAGCGUCCCCUACGUUCCACCGGCUGUCAGACCGAGCCAUCAGAUGCGGUCUGAGGGGAGACAGUCGAGGCAGUGUUCGGCACGGAGUCAUGGUGUUGCAAGAGGAAAAGUGUGAAUGGUUCCGAGCACUAGUGUGUGAGAGAUGUCAAAAAAGGUCACCACGUUCCGCGAGGCUUUCAUCGACCUCUCUAGAGCCAAGUUUCUUCACGGCCACGUUUGCCAGCGUGUACAGACUUGUUGUGCUGCUCUGUGGCGCGCCCGCAACUGUUUUUAAAUCAGUGACAAGCAAACCCCAUCGUCCUUCUUAGCUCUCCAGACCUAGCUCUCUGCAGCAGAAUCCUUCCUGUCCCCUUUUUUUUUUGGUCACUCCUCCUGAACUUAAAAAGGGGUAUGAGCUGUCCCACACCCUCUCCCUUUUUAUAUAUGCGUUUUUUUUUUAGUUUUUUUUUAUAUAAAUUUUUUUCCGUGUAGUCGCCUGCCAUUUGAUCGGGUCGUUUGCAGUGGUCUUGUACAAACGUCUUGCCCAUAGUUGUACAUAGUUGUGGGGCAUUCGGCAUUUCAUUUUGUGUCACCAAGGCACACCAUUGCAUUUCUUACUUUAUUUUUCUUAAUCCCCUCCCUGUGUUUUUUUUUUUUUUUUUUGUCAGCGAAGUAGCUCAUUUUUUAAGAAAAUAAAAACUUGCUAGCCUUGGCA